AUGGCUCAAAAACCCUUCCGCGACUGGGUCUACGUACUCAUGAUUGUCCCCCAAAUAUUCGGCAUGAUCGUCCUCGACUUUUCAGAAUUCUACCCAGCAUCAUUCUCAUCCCCUUCCUCUCCCCUUAGCAUCAUCCGCAGAAACUACAUCUCCAUCUCCGGCGACCCAUUCUACGGCCCCUCUUUCUCGGGUGCCUGGCUGCACAGCAUGUACUACAUAGAACUCCUCGUCCAAUUCCCCCUCGCUGCGUACAUUGUCUGUAACAUGGCUUCUAAGAAACCUACCACCGGACCUACGGAGCUGGCGGGGUUGGCGUUUGGAUGUUUAACUGCUAUGGGGUCUGUUGCUUGUGUUGCUGAGUUGUUGAGUAUGGGUGGGGAUAUGGUUAGUGAGAGUCAGAAGAUGAGUUUGGCUUGGGGGACUUAUGCUCCUUAUGCUGUUCUACCUGGGAUUAUGGCGGUGGAUAUGUAUAUGAGACUGUUGCGACGUGUGAGCGGCGAUGUCAAGCCCAAGACACAGUAA